UGGGAAGGGUUGCGAUAGAGGCCAUUCUUUCCUCGGAGUGGACAAGUGGUACUGCUUUAAAGCUUCAAUUUAAUGGUUAUUUGAGCUGGAGAAGUAAAUCUCGAGAACACUCGUGGGAGUUGGAGCCAAUUUGGUCUUUGUAGACUAGAGUUUUGUGUUCUGGAAGAUAGAAAGGAAAGAAGAGUGAAGGGAUGGAAAUUUAAGUGUCUUCAGCAGCAGUUUUCGGAUAUUUCGAAUUGUGUCCCACCGGAGGGAAUUAUUUGUACCGAUGUACAUCUGUGUUUGAUUGUGUAUAGAACUGAGUCGUGCUGAAGCUAACCGUUCCAAUGUGAGGUAAAUAAGGCAAAUAGUGAGUGAAUGUAUGAAGGUGGCGAAGGUGGGUGCGAAGGUGCCCUGUUAACGUGAACAAUGUUACUGCGGUUGACGUUUAUCCUCUUGUGGUUCAUGGAGCUUUUGGGUGCCGGGAUGCUAUCGCCGACCGCCUCGAGGGAGUACUUUGAAAAUUUCACCGCUGCGGCGGAGUAUGCGACGAGGAGCAGGAUUUUACGGAGUAUAGAUAAAUCGGUGCUGUUGGUGAAUGCAACGAAGGUGUUGAAUAGGAAUUCCAUUAAUACCGUUUUCGAACGUGCCCGUCCGGCAACGGGGAAGAAACGCAUGCGGGAGGUCUCCAUAUUGGGGCUGUUCGAGCUGAGCACACGACAUGGGAUAAGAAAGGAAGGAUACAGUGAAUUGGCGGCAGCUCAACUGGCAGUUCAGCACAUCAAUCGGAGGGGACUGCUGCUGGGAUACACACUGAAGCUGUUAACCAAUGACACAAAGUGCGAUCCUGGUGUCGGCAUUGACCGUUUCUUCCACGCCCUGUACACACAUCAGGACAAGCGAAUCAUGAUGGUUCUCGGAUCGGCCUGCUCAGAAGUCACGGAAAGCCUCGCAAAGGUUGUCCCUUACUGGAAUAUUGUCCAGGUCUCUUUUGGCUCGACAUCGCCCGCGUUGAGCGAUCGCCGGGAGUUUCCGCUCUUCUACCGAACGGUCGCCCCAGAUUCAUCACACAACCCUGCCCGGAUCGCUUUCAUCAAACAUUUCGGGUGGGAUACGGUGGCAACCUUUUCGGAAAAUGAAGAAGGUCACUCGUUGGCGGUAAACGACUUGGUGACCGAUCUUGAACUGGCGAAUAUCACGUGUGCGGUAACAAUCUCGUUCGCAGAAACCGACUUCAAGGAGCAGCUCAAACUGCUAAGGGACAAGGACAUCCGAGUGAUCAUCGGAAGUUUCUCACAUGAAAUCGCUCCAAAAGUGUUUUGCGAGGCCUAUAAUUUGGGAAUGUUUGGCGCCGAGUACGCAUGGAUUCUUCAGGACACGCACAUUUCGUUUUGGUGGCUUGAGCAAAACACUGCUUGCCCUUUAGCAAUCUUACUAAGAGCCGUCGAAAACGUAUUGUUUGUAUCCAGCUACAACAGUAUCGUUGGGAUGGGAACGGCAUUAAGCGGAUUGACAAACGAUAUAUUCCUUCGUAAACUGGCUGAGAUGAACGUCACCGAGCCUGUGUCGCAAUUCGCUCCGCAGACUUACGAUGCGGUCUGGGCCAUUGCAUUGGCCCUACGAGGAGCAGAACGAACGUGGACCCAGCUGCCACACGUCAAUCGAACUCGUCUUGCUCACUAUGACUACACGAGAUUCGACAUAGCCAAAGAACUGCUCAGUCAGUUCGACAGUCUGAAAUUCAAUGGGAUCUCCGGACCGGUUUCAUUUGUUGGAGCCGAUCGUGUAGGCACUACUUCUUUCCACCAGAUCCAAAAUGGAGGUUUGCAGCUCAUUGCGUUCUACCAUCCGAAGAAUAGCUCUAUGGAUUUCGGCUGUCCCAAAUGUGGAACGGUGCAGUGGGAAUCUGGACAAGUACCGAUUGCGAAACGCGUUCUGAGACUUCGAGUUGAUACCAUUUCCCCGUUUGCCUUCUACAUGGUGGUAGUUUUGUCCAUGGUCGGGAUUGGAUUAUCGCUUCUAUUUCUUGGAUUGAAUCUACGGUUCAGGAAACUCAAAGCUAUCAAACUGUCAAGUCCAAAGUUGAGCACGAUCACAGUCACCGGCUGCAUAUUGGUUUAUAUGGCUACGAUCCUUUUGGGACUCGAUCAUUCCACUCUACCAUGGUCCUCGGUGACCUUCUCUUCAAUUUGCAUGAGCAGAAUCUAUUUUCUGUCAGCUGGAUUUUCCCUCGCCUUUGGAUCCAUGUUUGCCAAGACUUUUCGAGUCUACAGGCUGUUCACCCACAGUGCGGGAGGACUGUGUAGGGACAAGAUUCUGAGGGAUACUCAGUUGAUUUCGGUGAUUGGUGCAUUGCUGCUGUUGGAUGCUUGCGUGGUGUCAUUCUGGAUGGCGGCAGAUCCUCUGGAGAGACAUUUGCAUAAUCUAACGCUGGAAAUAAGCCCUACAGACAGAACAGUGGUCUACCUGCCGCAGGUGGAAUUGUGCCGAUCGAGGCACUAUGAGAGCUGGCUUGGAACCUUAUACACUUACAAAGGACUUUUACUGCUCGUUGGCGUCUACAUGGCAUGGCAAACGCGGAAUGUGAAAAUUCCUGCCCUCAAUGAUUCUCAAUACAUUGGAAUAUCUGUGUACAGCGUGGUGAUCACCAGCGCUAGCGUCGUUGUUUUAGCUAAUUUGCUGUAUGAAAAGGUUACCUUGGCAUUUGUGAUAACGGCAGGGUUCAUCCUGAUAUCGACAACUGCGACACUUUGUUUACUAUUCCUCCCGAAGCUGAAGGGCAUUUUUGACCAAGGCGAAGUGUACGAUCCAGUGAUUCGUAGCAUGGGACUAAGAAUGGAAUACAACACACGCCGAUUUGUGGUAGACGAUCGAAGAGAGCUUCAAUUCCGAGUUGAGGUACAGAACCGUGUCUACAAGAAGGAAAUCGAAGUGUUGGAUGCGGAAAUCAUUCGAUUGGAAAAGCUCUUGAAUGACAGAUCUUCUCGAUCUUCAUCGAGGUCGUCUGAUCCGAACAUCAAACCACUUGACAUGCCUCAUGACAACAAACAUCCUAGUGCGACCGGUGGGCUACCGAUGCUGCUACUUUCCGUCCUUCCGCCAAUCAUACCACGAGCCAGUUGGCCUUCCGUUGAUCCUUUUUUGUCACCUAUGAAACGUAACGUGGCUUUCAGUUCACAGCCGCGAAUUGCAUCCGGUCGCGAUCGGAUCGGUUUAUCCGGAUUUCGAUCAACCAAUCUGGAAGAGGGUGGUGGAAUGCUGAAUCGAAUAAGGAAUCUUUUUGGAGCACGAAUGUAUAAAACCACAUCGGUAUCAGCGAUUGGAGGAUUAAAUAUAGCGACAGUCAUGCCCUCUAAACUGACCAUUUUCGCCGAGGUAGACGCAGAAGAUGAAAUAUCAUCGUCGGCUGACCGUGGUAGAUCGGAGGUUUUUACUAUCAACAAACCAUCUGACGAGGAUGUACGUCUAACGGGAUCGGAACCCAGAGUGAACUUUACGUUGCCACCCGCAGUGACAAAUAGGCGAUCAUCGAUAGUACCAACUCUUCGCGAAAAGAUCAAGGGUUCUCCAAGGUUUCCUCAUAGGGUUUUUCCGACCAGCAGCCUGACUGAAUUGGGUGGGGAGCGCCAGAAGAUAAGUUUUUUGAGCGUGAAAAGCUGUGAAGUACUGCAGCGCAGCAAUCAGGACCCGAAAACGAAAUGGAGAUCGAUGGACUCCUUCUCGAAAAGCAUUGGCCAGUGCUAAGCAUUCGAAGGAUAGAUAAAUAAAACGACCAAUAACCAUAACACUUUCGGUUAACAUUAGUUAAUAGACGGGUGCAAUUGAGUGCUGUGUUUUCGUAGAGAGCAAUAAUAAAGUCGAAUCGAUGUUAGUUUGU